AGAAAACACCAAGAGGAAGGAUAACUUGAAGGGUUCUUGACCACUUUCAACUCCUUGAGUGUACCACAAGCAGCCAGGAUGUCGGGGGCUUCGGUGAAGGUGGCUGUGAGGGUCAGGCCCUUCAACUCCAGAGAGACCAGCAAAGAGUCCAAGUGUAUCAUCCAGAUGCAAGGCAACUCCACCAGUAUUAUCAACCCAAAGAAUCCUAAGGAAGCACCAAAGUCCUUCAGUUUUGACUAUUCUUAUUGGUCCCACACGUCGCCUGAAGAUCCCUGCUUUGCCUCUCAGAGCCGUGUGUACAAUGACAUUGGGAAGGAGAUGUUGCUCCAUGCCUUUGAGGGCUACAACGUGUGCAUCUUUGCCUAUGGACAGACUGGAGCUGGGAAAUCCUACACCAUGAUGGGCAAGCAGGAGGAGAGCCAAGCAGGCAUCAUUCCCCAGCUGUGUGAAGAGCUGUUUGAGAAGAUCAAUGACAACAGCAAUGAAGAAAUGUCAUAUUCUGUAGAGGUGAGUUACAUGGAGAUUUACUGUGAGAGGGUCAGAGACUUGCUGAACCCGAAGAACAAAGGGAAUUUGCGGGUGAGAGAACAUCCUCUCCUUGGCCCUUACGUGGAGGAUCUGUCCAAGUUAGCAGUCACAUCCUAUACUGACAUUGCAGACCUCAUGGAUGCUGGGAACAAAGCCAGGACUGUGGCAGCUACCAACAUGAAUGAAACCAGCAGCCGCUCCCAUGCCGUGUUUACAAUUGUCUUCACUCAGAAGAAACAUGACACAGAAACUGAUCUUUCCACAGAGAAGGUCAGCAAGAUCAGCCUGGUGGAUCUGGCUGGGAGUGAGAGAGCUGAUUCGACUGGGGCCAAAGGAACCAGGUUAAAGGAAGGAGCAAAUAUAAACAAGUCUCUCACAACUCUGGGCAAAGUUAUUUCAGCAUUGGCUGAAGUGAGUAAAAAAAAGAAGAAGACAGACUUCAUACCCUACAGGGAUUCUGUACUGACUUGGCUUCUGCGAGAAAAUCUAGGUGGUAACUCCAGAACUGCAAUGGUUGCUGCUCUCAGUCCAGCAGACAUAAACUAUGAUGAAACUUUGAGCACUUUAAGGUAUGCUGACCGUGCGAAGCAGAUCAAGUGCAAUGCAGUUAUCAAUGAGGAUCCCAAUGCCAAACUGGUGCGUGAGCUGAAGGAGGAGGUGACAAGGCUUAAGGAUCUCCUGCGUGCUCAAGGCCUGGGAGAUAUUAUUGACACCUCCAUGGGGUCCCUCACUGCAUCUCCAUCCUCCUGCUCUCUCAGUAGUCAGGUGGGCUUAACAUCUGUGUCCAGUAUACAGGAAAGAAUCAUGUCAACACCUGGAGGAGAAGAGGCCAUUGAACGUUUGAAGGAAUCUGAGAAGAUCAUUGCAGAGCUGAAUGAAACAUGGGAAGAGAAACUGAGGAAAACUGAGGCCAUUAGGAUGGAAAGAGAGGCAUUGCUGGCAGAAAUGGGAGUUGCCAUUCGGGAAGAUGGAGGAACACUGGGAGUCUUCUCACCUAAAAAGACUCCUCAUCUUGUAAACCUUAAUGAAGAUCCACUCAUGUCUGAGUGUCUGUUGUACUACAUCAAAGAUGGCAUUACAAGGGUUGGCCAGGCUGAUGCUGAGCGAAGACAAGACAUCGUGUUGAGUGGGGCUCACAUCAAGGAGGAGCACUGCAUCUUCAGAAGUGAGAGGAACAACAAUGGGGAAGUUAUUGUUACUUUGGAGCCUUGUGAACGAUCAGAAACCUAUGUCAAUGGCAAGAGGGUUGUGCAGCCUGUGCAGCUGCGCUCAGGAAAUCGUAUCAUCAUGGGCAAAAAUCAUGUCUUCAGGUUCAACCACCCAGAGCAAGCACGAGCAGAGCGAGAGAAAACGCCGUCGGCCGAGACUCCCUCGGAGCCAGUGGACUGGACAUUUGCUCAGAGGGAGCUCCUGGAGAAGCAAGGCAUUGACAUGAAGCAGGAAAUGGAGAAAAGGUUACAAGAAAUGGAGAUUUUGUAUAAGAAAGAGAAGGAGGAAGCUGAUCUCUUGUUGGAGCAGCAAAGACUGGACUAUGAGAGUAAGCUCCAAGCCUUGCAGAAGCAGGUGGAGACUCGAUCCUUGGCAGCUGAAACAACAGAGGAGGAGGAGGAGGAAGAAGAAGUGCCCUGGACACGCCACGAGUACGAACUCGCUCAAUGGGCUUUCAGGAAGUGGAAAUUCCACCAGUUCACUUCCCUGAGGGACCAGCUCUGGGGAAAUGCAGUGUACCUGAAAGAAGCCAAUGCCAUCAGUGUGGAGCUGAAGAAAAAGGUGCAGUUCCAGUUCGUCCUGCUGACAGACACCCUCUACUCCCCACUGCCCCCAGAGCUUUUGCCAACUGAGCAGGAGAAGACCAGGGACAGUAAUAGACCUUUCCCUCGCACGGUGGUAGCUGUGGAAGUUCAGGAUCUGAAGAAUGGAGCAACACAUUACUGGUCCUUAGAAAAACUCAAGCAGAGGUUGGACCUGAUGCGUGAGAUGUAUGACAGAGCUGGGGAAAUGGCCUCUAACACCCAGGAUGAGAGUGAGAGCACCAUGACAGGCAGUGACCCCUUCUACGAUCGCUUCCACUGGUUCAAGCUUGUUGGGAGCUCCCCCAUAUUCCAUGGCUGCGUGAACGAGCGCCUUGCCGACCGCACGCCCUCCCCCACUUUCUCCACGGCUGACUCCGACAUCACUGAACUGGCUGAUGAGCAGCAGGAUGAGAUGGAGGACUUUGAUGAUGAGGCCUUUGUGGAUGAUACUGGCUCCGACGCUGGAACUGAGGAGGGAUCAGACCUCUUCAAUGAUGGGCGCGACCCGUUUUACGACAGAUCCCCCUGGUUCAUUUUAGUGGGAAGAGCCUUCGUGUACCUGAGCAAUCUGCUGUACCCAGUGCCCCUGAUCCACAGAGUGGCUGUUGUGAGUGAGAAGGGAGAAGUCAGAGGGUUUCUGCGUGUGGCAGUACAGGCCAUAGCAGCUGAUGAGGAAGCCCCAGAUUAUGGCUCUGGUAUCCGACAGUCUGGCACAGCCAAGAUUUCAUUUGACAAUGAAUAUUUUGAUAAGAGUGAUUUUUCCUCAGUUGCCAUGACUCGGUCUGGGCUGUCCCUGGAGGAGUUAAGGAUUGUGGAAGGGCAAGGACAGAACUCAGAUGUUACCACUCCUCCAGAGGAGAUCAACAGAAUGAAUGAGCUGGACUUGAAGUCAGCCACUUUGGAUGGAAAGAUGACCAUGGAAGGAUUCACUGAGGAGAUUGGUGACCACUUGAAGCUGGGCAGUGUGUUCACCUUCCGUGUGACAGUGCUCCAGGCCAGUGGAAUCCUGCCUGAAUAUGCAGAUAUCUUCUGCCAGUUCAACUUUCUGCAUCGGCAUGAUGAAGCUUUCUCAACAGAACCUCUCAAAAACAACGGCCGAGGGACUCCCCUGGGGUUCUACCACGUCCAGAAUAUUGCUGUAGAGGUGACAGAAUCGUUCGUGGAGUACAUCAAAACAAAGCCUAUUGUCUUUGAAGUCUUUGGGCAUUAUCAGCAGCAUCCUCUCCACCUGCAAGGACAGGAUCUCAACAGCCCUCCACAGCCUUCCAGAAGAUUCUUUCCUCCCCCUAUGCCACUCUCAAAGCCAGUGCCAGCCACAAAGCUGAACACAAUGAGCAAACCCAGCCUGGGCCAGAGCGUGAGCAAAUACGACCUCCUUGUGUGGUUUGAGAUCAGUGAAUUGGAGCCAACAGGGGAGUACAUCCCUGCUAUUGUGGAUCACACUGGAGGCCUCCCCUGCCAGGGGACAUUCCUGCCGAAAGCUGGAAUCCAGCGUAGAAUCACAGUCACCAUCAUCCAUGAGAAGGGCAGUGAGUUGCACUGGAAAGAUGUGAGAGAGCUGGUUGUUGGGCGUAUAAGGAAUAAAGCAGAGGUGGAUGAAGCUGCUGUGGAUGCAAUUCUGUCUUUGAAUAUUAUCUCUGCAAAAUACCUGAAGUGCUCUCACAGCUCCAACAGGACUUUCUAUCGGUUUGAAGCAGUUUGGGAUAGCUCCUUGCACAACUCCCUGCUCCUCAACCGAGUGACACCCUAUGGAGAGAAGAUCUAUAUGACCCUUUCUGCCUACCUGGAGCUUGACCACUGCAUCCAGCCUGCUGUGAUCACAAAGGAUGUCUGUAUGGUGUUCUACUCCCGAGAUGCCAAGAUCUCCCCUCCGCGGUCUCUGCGCAAUCUCUUCGGCAGUGGCUACUCCAAAUCUCCAGACUCCAACAGAGUAACUGGGAUCUAUGAGCUCAGCUUAUGCAAAAUGGCAGACACAGGAAGUCCAGGAAUGCAGAGGAGGAGGAGGAAAGUCCUGGACACAUCUGUGGCCUAUGUGCGUGGAGAAGAGAACCUGGCAGGCUGGAGGCCCAGGGGUGACAGCCUCAUCCUGGAGCAUCAGUGGGAACUGGAGAAACUGGAGCUGCUGCAUGAGGUGGAAAAAACUCGACAUUUCCUCCUGCUUCGUGAGAAGCUUGGUGACAGCAUCCCCAAGUCCCUGAGUGACUCCUUGUCUCCCAGCAUGAGCAGUGGAACCCUCAGCACCUCCACCAGCAUCUCCUCCCAGAUCUCCACGACGACGUUCGAGAGUGCCGUGACGCCCAGCGAGAGCAGCGGCUACGACUCGGCCGACAUUGAGAGCCUGGUGGACAGGGAGAAGGAGCUGGCCACCAAGUGUCUGCAGCUCCUGACUCACACCUUCAAUCGGGAGUUCAACCAGGUGUACAACAGCAUCAGUGAUUGUAAGCUGUCAGAUAUUUCUCCCAUCGGGCGAGAUCCGUCCGUGUCCAGUUUCAGCAGUGCUACCCUCACCCCUUCAUCUACCUGCCCUUCUCUGGUGGAUUCCAGGUGCAAUUCCAUUGAUCAGAAGACACCAGAAGCAAAUUCUCGUGCCUCCAGUCCCUGUCAUGAGGUGGAACAGUUCCAGAUAAUUCCUGCAGUAGAAUCUUCCUAUCUUGCCAGAGCUGGAAAGAAUGAGUUUCUCAACCUCGUUCCUGAUAUUGAGGAAAUCAGACCAGGCUCUGUGGUCUCCAAGAAAGGAUACCUCCACUUCAAGGAGCCUCUCUCCACCUCCUGGGCCAAGCACUUCGUGGUGGUUCGCCGUCCCUAUGUUUUUAUUUACAACAGUGACAAAGAUCCUGUAGAAAGAGGAAUCAUCAACUUAUCCACAGCUCAGGUGGAAUACAGUGAGGAUCAACAGGCAAUGGUCAAGACACCUAACACGUUUGGGGUGUGCACAAAGCAUCGUGGAGUCCUGCUCCAGGCCAUCAAUGACAAGGACAUGAACGACUGGUUAUAUGCCUUCAAUCCUCUCCUUGCUGGCACAAUACGGUCGAAGCUGGCACGGAGACGCUCGGGCCAGAUGAAGUACUGAGUCCAUGUCAUGUUCUCAUCUGUUCCCCCUGACUCACCUGAUAGCUAGUGUUACCUCUCAUCUCCUCUUUGUGAUUCUUGACGGUUUCUCUUGUAUGUAAUCCUGUGGCUUAACACCCCUCACCUGCCCCACUCCUUCAGCACAUUUUAUAGCUAUUCUAACCCCACCUUGUUUCUUUCCACCUGUCCCAGACCUGUACUAGUAGCAUGUGGCCAACAAAAAGAGAAAGAAAAAAAAAAUCAAAA